AUGCAUGAAAGUGAAUUUGGGUAUAUGACCUUCACUCACAUUCAACGCCGCCGAGGUCGCGAUGGCCAGUCCCGACAAGAGUACUUGCAACAACUCGUAGAGGAAUACAAGAAAGCUGAUACACCAGACACUAAGCGGAAAAUAUUAGCUACGUUAGGCAACUUUGCAUAUGAUCCAAUAAACUAUGGAUGGCUCUAUCAAGAGGGAGUUGUAGAAUUAUUUAUAGACGCUCUAUCAAAUCCUGGAGGUGACGAUGAGCUUCAGCGAAUUGGUGUGUUCGGCCUGUGCAACAAUGCACUAGAUCGCCGCGUGCAACAGCGCCUCGCCAACGACGAAGUGGUUAUCGGCUUGUGCAAACAGAUUAUUCUGGCCAACACCAAGUAUACCUCUGAAUUUCUGUUGUCAACCGUCUGUCUUCUGUGGCAUAUCUGUACGCCAGACAAUAUAAACUCUAUUGUUUCUUCUGAGUUGAAAAUCGCAUUGGAGGGUGUGCGCAGCUCGGAAAAUGUCAACGUCCCUUUACACAACAUGUGUAGUAUCUUUCUCGAGGACUUCUUUUUCGAUGCACAAAAACUAACGUCAGAUGAAGUGCUGAAAGAAUCAGCAGAAGAGCUUUCAGAAGAAUCCAAUGAACCAAUGAAAGAACCAUUAGCAAAGCGACAGCGGUCAUCGUGA